CUAUUUCUAAGAAACCUGUGGAGUUUCUCCCUCCCAUCUCCUUGAAACCCCCUGCAUCAUCUUUACAAGCCUCCUUUGCUCUAAAAUCCAUCGGUAGGGUGAAGAUUCUUCCUUUCUUUACCCCGCUCAAUAUCUUUGCCGUUCAUCAUUUCAUCUGAUAGAUUCAGAUUUUGAAGGAUUUAAAAUUAGAGGUUCAGUCGAGCUUCAACAACUCCAACGAAGGGUAAAAACACAACUUUCCACUUUCUAAUCUUCAUCAAAAGGAGACCAAUGGAGUGUAAAGAGAGCAAAGAAAAUAUGGAACUUUUUAACAUUUCUACUGGGGGGCAGGAAGGAGAGAAAUCUGCAUGGUUGCAGAGGAGACUGGAAACUCCUUCAACCCCUGGCCGGCAACUGUUAAACUUCACCACAGGAAACCUUUAUAAGAAGAGCUUUCCUUCCAAGUGGGAUAAUGCAGAUAAGUGGCUGAUGAGUAGUAGCUCCUGCCAUGAAUCUCCUGCUGAUUUACCCAAACAUUCAGAUUCAUCAAAUUCUUCUAAACCAAAUGGGGCUCCGCUACAGAAAGCUCGAACCUUUGAGUCCUCUGCGAAGGAACAAGACCUCACUCAGACAAAAACGGCUCUCCAUCGCGUCUCUUCAAAAGCUCUCUUGAAAGAUAAAUUCACUGAUAGCACAGAGCCUGUCUUGCGAAAUUUCAAAUUCUCAGAAACAAGCAAAGGAGAGAUUUUGUUCAAGGAUUCGUUUUUCCAACCUGAGAAAAAAACUGAAACUUUAGUUUCUACGCUUCAGAGCAGAGAUGUUGGGACUGAGAUAACUCCACUCUGCAGCCUGAACACCUCGAGUUGCCACACUCCCGUGAAAUGUUCUUCUCCAGCAAGGCAUAAUACUCCUGAGUCUGGGCCUUUGGUGGCUUCCAGUACAAAAAUUAACAUUUCUGAGCUCCAUAACUUCCAUUUUGCAAAGCUUGAGCUCAGCGCUCAGUAUGAUUCUAUGCUCUGUAACUGGAGCUCGAGGGAGGAAGAGGAAGAAGAGGUAUCAAAGAGUUUGAGAUACUUUGAGAUGAAUGAUGGAGGAUUGAACACAACUGAAUCCAGAGCUUCGCUAUGGGAAAAUGAAGAGAGAGCCAAAAGCUGUAUCAGGUAUCAAAGAGAGGAAGCAAAGAUUCAAGCUUGGGUGAAUCUGCAGACUGCCAAAGCAGAAGAGAAGUCUAAAAAACUUGAGGUGAAGAUUCAGAACAUGAGAUCGAGCUUGGAGGAGAAGCUGAUGAAGAGGAUGGCAGUUGUGCACAGGAGAUCCGAGGAGUGGAGGGUGGAAGCUCGGGUGCAGCACUCGCAGCAGCUUUUAAGAGCGGGGGAGGAGGCGCGGAAGAUGAGGAUGCAGCAAAGCGCUUGUUUGGGCGACCGUUAUGUUUCAUGUGGUUGCUUUCCGAUGCAACAGUAGCCAGAUUUAAUGUAAGUGUCAUUAAUGCAAAUCACAUUUAUUUAAAGUUUUCAUUUUUUUUUUUCCUUUGUGUUUAUUAAGCAAGAUUUCUGGAUUAGGAAUGCAGAUGCUGCCGAACAA